AUGAUCAGUCCGUCGCAACUCAGCCCUGGGGCUCACGACGCCGCCGUCUCGGCUGCGAAUCCGCUGCUCCGGAUUCUUGGGUCUUUGUGGGGGUUGCUCGCACCAAAGCGAAUCCGCCUCGAAGAUGAUCUAGCAAAGACGCCGGCAAGGCUGGCCUCUCUCGUCAAGCCCAUUUGCACAGACAUGCUGCAGGAGCUGCACUAUCCUGGGGUUCCACAGCUCAAGAAGGAGUCGGUCGAAGCGCUCCUGAAAUACAUGUACAAGAGGGCUGUCGACAUUGGCUAUCCCCUCGACACCCCCGUCUCCGCAAAAGCGUUCCGCUUGGAAGUGCAGGGUUUCGUCGGGCUCUUCACAUGGCUCGUUGUCCAAUACGAUGACAUUGUCGGUCAGAACGACGAAAUGGCCGAAGCCCAGCUCUUCCAGGAGCGGUUUUUCAAAGGCGAGACUCAGCCUAACGCCAUGCUGGAGGGUCUAGCGUGCCUGAUGCGGGAAGCUCCUAGCCUGUUUGACCCUGUCAUGGCCAACUUGCUGCAAAUAUCGACCCUCAAGUUCUUAACGUGUAACUUGCUGGAGCGCCACGAAGGCUUCCGCAACAUGACUGUUACGCGCGCGGGUGUCAAGUUCCCGGACUUCCUUAGAGACUUGUCGGGCAUCAAUGUGGCUUACGCCGUAUUCUGCUUCCCCAAGGCCCAAUACCCUGACGUUGGGCAAUACCUGGAAGCCAUCCCUGACAUGGCCAGGUUUAUCGACAUUUCGAACGACGUCAUGUCUUUCUACAAGGAGGAGCUCAGCGGCGACACAAGAAAUUACGUACACAACCGUGCAAUGGCAACCGGGAGGCCAGUGCUCACUGAACUCGAGGACGUUAAGAACGAGGUGGUAGGAGCCGCAAACAGAGCUUCAGCAAUCCUUAAGGGACGCGGCAAAUACGAACAAUCUCUCCACGAGAGUGUCCGAGGCUUGUUGGCGAUGCACACAACAAACCCCAGAUACAAGUUGAAAGACUUUGGCUUGGCUGAGGAGCAUCCCCUGGCCCCAUUCGAAGACAAGAUUGGUGAGCUGUUUGACCGCAUGAAGGCAUGA